AUGUCUGAAGUGGGAAAUGGCACCCUGACCACCCACGUGCUGAACACAGCUACGGGGCUGCCAGCAGCCGGCCUUGUUGUCCGCCUGGCCCAGCUGCAGGAGCCGGGGUCGCAGUGGACGGAGCUGGUGCAGAGGCACACGGAUGCGGACGGGCGCUGCCAGCCCCUCCUGGCACCGGGACAGGCCAAGUCUGGCACCUACAAGCUGCACUUUGAGACAGCUGAGUACUGGCAGGGACUGGGGCACACCAGCUUCUACCCCUUCGUGGAGGUCGUCUUCAUCAUCACUGACCCAGAACAGAAGCUCCAUGUCCCGCUGCUGAUCAGCCCCUACUCCUACACAACGUACAGGGGCAGUUAG